GUGAAGAAGUGAACUUUGUUUCCAGCAGGUUGCUGUGUUAGGACGAAGAUGCUGGUUAGGAAAUGACAGCUAUGCUGUCUGGUGUCGUCCAGGCGGUGACUGAUUGACAGAUGCCUUCAUCAUGAUGCUGAGCUGCAGCACCCUGGUCGUCGCCCUCCUGCUGUCCCAGGCCAGAGGCUUCCUGAGCUCUGAGGAAGACAACGUCCCCGAGGAGUGGGUGCUGCUUCAUGUGGUUCAGGGCCACAUUGGGGCCGGAAACUACAGCUACCUGCGCCUCAACCACGAUGGCCGAAUCAUCCUGCACAUGCAAAGCCUCAAGGGGGACGCGGACCUCUACGUGUCGGAUAAAACCCUGCGCCCGAGCUUCGACACCUACAAGCUGCAGUCGGCCACCUGUGGCCAGGAUGUGGUGGUGGUGCCAGGGGACUUCACGAGGCCUGUGGGCAUCGGCAUUUACGGCCACCCGUCUCACAAGGAGAGCGAGUUUGAAAUGCGGGUGUUUUACGAUCAGACGGCUCCUCAGGACCCAUUCGAUAAGGGCUCAUAUGAUUCAGAAGAAGGACGUAAGAAAAAGAAAUCCCCUCAGGCAGCAGAGGAGGACUUUCAGGAAGAGGAGUCAAUCUUUUGGACAAUUCUAAUCGGACUUUUGAAGAUUAUACUUGAGAUUUUGUUUUGAAAAUGGUGUCCAUCAUAGCUGCUGUGACACGGGGAGAUUCUUCUUUUUUUUUUGGGCUCUGUCAGCGUCGAUCCAUUGAAGAUGAUUAUUUUCUUUCAUUCUGUAAGGAUGAGAAAAUGUUGCACCAAACUCCUGUGAAUCCUGGUAUUUUUAACAAUUCUUUUCCUUGUGAUCAAACAUACAUACUUGAUUAAAAAAAACAGUAAAAAUCAGUUUUAUGAGAAGUUGCAAGUUAAAACUGAAUUCACCAGUAAAGUCUGAUUUAAAGUCUGUAUGUUUGGUGAUGAGCAAAUGAACAUGAGCCUGUCAGGUUUAGCAGAUUUUGCUUUGGUGUCCUCUCAUACAGAGACAGACUGAAGCAUAUUUAAGUGUAACAUAGUUACAUAGGCCUAAAUUUCUGUAUUGAACCGCCGUUCAACCAAAAGGGCAAAAUAGGAAUAUUUCUGGAGUCUUAAAGGAUAGGUUUGGGUUUUUUCAAGUUUUAUCUUAAAUGCAACACACACGUCACACGUAAAUCGAAAGUCAUGGGUACUGUUAUCGUUCCUCCUGUCCAUACUGGUGGCGUAGUGAACCUCUCUGAUCCUCAAAGUCCUCGUUUAGGGCUCAGCAUUCUUCAAAUUAACGACGUCUAAGGGCAGAAGUGUUAACACCUGUUUCAAAGGUAGGAUAAAAAGCCUGCUGCCAUAACUUUGUUUUUGCCUUCCUUCUGAUCACGCAGCCUCCCUGAUCUUGCUUCAAGAACGCUGUCUUCUGUGUGUCUUGAUGUGAUAAAUCAUUGGAGCAAAGAUAACGUUGUGCACUUUUAGACUCUCCUUGAAGGCAUUAACAAUUAUAGAUCCGAUCGAUCACAUGAAAUGUGACUUUAGUAGCUGUGUGACGAGUGAAAAAAUAGAUCUUGAGUAGUUUAAAUCUUCUAUUUUCUCUCCUCUGCACAUAUGGCCAAUGGCAGUGUAAACGUAUGAGUGAGGGUCUGAAUGUUUUAGAAAAAUAGUUUGACACAUCUUAACAAACUGGGUUUUGGGAGAAAAACCAGUGUAUUUGUGGGCCCAGUGUGAGCGGGGCUCUCUAGUCCAGAGUGAAUGAAUUUUAGCUCAUUUGCAGACAUUUCAGUUUGUGGAGAUGAUUUAAAACUGACCUGUCAGUCUUUGGAGUAUCUAAUGCUCUCUCGGUGUUUAACUCCGACUGCUAAAGCCUCAGACGAACUUAAAAUACAUUUUGAACUGUUUUUUAACAUGCUAUCUUACAUAGAAACACACAGACAGCUCCAACGGCACACUGUGGCCACAAUAAUUAAACAUCUGACAGAGAUCCAGAGCGCAUGACAUACUCAGAAAUAUGAAGAAGUAUAAAGGCUAAGCUGUAUCUAUGUGUUAGAAAACGCUCAGUCCCAUUAAAGUCAACAGUGAUGCAACACGUCAAUAUCUGGAGAGACAGAAGGAAAAGUAAAAAAUGUCAGUUAGCCAGUUCAGAUUAUUGCCGUCUAUCUUUGAUUUUAAGACGAAGAAGGAUGUCCCAAGUUUUAAAAAUCAGAGUGCAGGCUGUGGAUCGCUUCACAGCCACUGAGAACAGGAGGAACUCUUUUGAUGUGCUCAAGACAUGACAAGAGUGUUGUGUUGAGUUGGACUUAAAAUCCAAACCAGUCCUUUAAUUUGAUCGUAAAUGAAGUUCAGCAUCAGACAGAGGUCACUGUUGUGGCUGACUCCCACCUCUCAGCCUGUGAAUGAAUGAAACCGCUUGUCUUAACUCUGCAUAUCAACAAUUGAAUUUAAAAAAAAGACAACUUAGCAAUACAGUCAUUUUCAGCUAUUUGGGAUAAACAUGAGGUUUCCUAUAGAACAGGUUUAUUUCCCUGGCGACACAUUAUAUCAUCUCAUGUUAUUACUGGAUAUGCUGGGAGAUCUGAAAUGUUUGUAACGGUAAAAGGAUGAUGGCUUUGUGUUCUACGACACUGACGACAUUUAAUUUAUUGGGAGGUCAGUGAGGGUUGAAAUGCUGCUGAAUGUGCCGUCAUGAUUCAUUGUUUUAAUUCAGGAUUAUUUCCUUAAUUUAGACUUCAAAUGGGAACAUUAAGGUACUGCUACCAACCUGUUAACAUUAGUAGCAACUUUUCAUUUGGUUUUAUCACUUUGUUUUGUUCUUUUUUUUUUUGCCUGUUGGACAAGCUCUUGAUUUGAAAACAUCACCUCCUGCGUUCGGAGUUCAGUUAUGAGUAAACUUGCUACCACUGAGCAGAAAUGUUCAACAGUGCCUUCAAGAGAUUGGUCCUCUGCAGGGGGAACAGACGAGCAGUUUUCCUGUUUCCAGAGAUCAGGUUUCUAAAUAAAGCAGUUGUUUUGCAGACUGUUAAA